AUGGCGUUUCAGGUUUUGGUGGAAGAGAAAUACUCUACGAGAAUCUUUACACUGAACAGGCCUAACCAACUCAAUGCAGUUUCUUUCCCAAUGGAAUCUCGGCUGUUGGAGCUUUUUCUUGCUUGUGAGGAGGACCAUUCUGUCAAAUUGAUAAUUUUGAAGGGAAAAGGAAAAGCUUUUUGUGCUGGAGGUGAUGUUGCAGCCGUUGUUCAUGGUAUCACUCAAGGUAAUUGGAGACCUGGAGCAAUUUUUUUCAGAAGACAAUACAUCUUGAACUAUGUGAUGGCUACAUACAGUAAACCUCAGGCUUCAAUUCUCAAUGGAAUUGUCAUGGGAGGAGGAGCAGGUGUUUCAAUACAUGGUAGAUUCUGUGUUGCUACAGAGAAUUCGCUUUUUGCUAUGCCUGAAACAGCGUUGGGUCUUUUCCCAGAUGUUGGUGCCUCUUACUUUUUGUCAAGACUCCCUGGAUUCUUUGGUAAUUACUGUUAUACUCUUGUGUUUCUGCACAUUUCUAUAUUAAGGUGGAUUGCAUAUUCUUCUUAGCUAUUUACCUUAUUCUCAUAUCUUGAAUGCUCCAUCCUCUAUCUCCUGUUAGAUUGGAUGCUGAGACUAAUCAUGGAUUUAUGAUGCUAUUGUAACAGCAAUAAUGCAACAUUAGAAGAUGAGCUAUAUUCAACUUGAUAAUUAAAUAUUAACAAACAAUUUUUUACAUAAUAAAGACCUUGAAGGCAAUAAUGUGGGAAUACUAAGAAGAUUAUUUUAUUCUUUUGUUUCUUUGAUAGGCAGCAGAAGUCCAUUUUUUGGAUUUCUUGUAUAAAUUAGAUGUUUCUUUGACAAUUCUGAGAAUUCUAUAAGUUUGAUAUAAAAAUUUUGUUGGUUGCAUAGGAUGGAUAGUCCAAAAGAUGUCCAAAUUUUAUAUUUGGACGUGGAGGGAGGAUGUUUGAGCUCAUGACACUAGCUGCAACAUGCUGGUAUUUGUGGGUGACAUUUCCUCCUAAAAGUUUUUGACAUUUCUUCCAUUAAACCACAAUUUGAGCUUAAAUCUUUCGACAAGAAUCCAAGUUUGAGUCAGUAGCCUCUGAGCCUUCUACUUCAACCUCUAGUCUUAUUUAUAAGAGAGUGAGUGAGAAGUGUGUGCUGCUCUGUAAGCAAUAUAUUUGUAUAAUGUUAUAUACUCCUAUAGAUGUGAGACUCAGCUGGUAUCCUCUUUGGGCAGUAGAUAAGAUAGAAGAAGGGGCUAGGCUCCCGGUGGAGGAGAGGAGACGGUUAGGAUAACGAAUCUUGUGGGAAGGGCAAUAUAAUGGAUCCCCUACAUGAUCUACUUCAUGUGGAUGCUUAGAGUCUGGCAACUCGAUGAGAUUUAGUUCUAUCAAUCCUUUGAGUAAGUCAUUUACUUCUUCGUCAGGAAUUAAAACCUUGGGUGGUAUAUUGUAUUGUGGUUGCUUAAAUCAGUUUAUUCACUCCUUCCUCAGCUUCUCAGCACAAAAGAUUAACUCUGCAUAAAAACUUUCUUGAGCCAUACAUUGGAUGAGAAAGAAACCUUUCAAAUUGAAUCUAAAUUUCCUGAAUAUUACCUUGCAUGAUGUACCUAAUCAGUUAUUAGCAUAAAUUUUUAAAAAUAUGGAAUGAUAGGAGCAUCCUCCAUGAGAUAUGUAUGAAAAUUCUGAUUAAUGUCCUCCAUAUGGUUGAUUAUGAAUCAGAUAUGCUCUAGUUUACCAUUUAUCGGAUUGGAUUAUUAGUUUGUUGAUUAAUUAAGGGGGAGGGGUACAUUAGGAAUUCUCUAGAGUAACAAAUUAAAUAAAUGGGGAGAGUGGGAAGUCUUAAAGAUAUUCACGUUGCAACAGAGAAAAGUCUG